AUGUUAGGAAUUGUUAAGAAAGCAACAAUUAGCAUUUUAAUUUUGUUGGCAUUACUGAUUGGCGGCAGAACUAUUUACAAGUUAUACAAAGCACCAACUACCGAAACUCAACCGAAUGAAAAGGAAAGAGAUUGGGGGGAUAUUCACCAAGAUUUUAAAAAUAAUCCGGAAUUAAUAGAAGAAUGGGAAAAGGAGAAUGAGGAAGAAAUAAAAACCAUUGAUAAAGUUAUUCAAAAUAUAACUGAUGGUCAAGAACUAAGAAAAGAACAUUAUCAAGAAAUAAAAUCCUUACAAACUAAAUAUCCCAAUUAUAAAAAUUGA